AUGAACACCGAAAAAUAUUAUGGAGAAACUACUACGAAGAAUGAUUUGUUAUUAUUAGAAGUGUUUCUCAAACUACUCUUCCAGAAAGGUGGCAAGGCAGUAGAAGAACCGCAGCAUGAGGACGAUAAUUCAAUCGACGAUGUUGAUGAGGACAAAAUUGAUGAGAUUUUGCGAGAUGCCACUAAAAAUCUCGUUAUCUUUUUCUAUGACGGCCGAGCUCAGUGCCCAUCUUGUGGGGAAGCGUUAUCCGAGGUAGAAGAAAUCGACGACGACAUUGAAGCCACUGGUUAUGUGCAGGUUGUGAAAACAGAUGAUCGCUCAGUUGCUCGGGAUCUCGGAAUUGUCACCUUCCCAUCGCUUGUUUAUUACAGAAGAAAAAAUCCAAUUUUGUACGAUGGUGAAUUCAAGGAUUCUGAAGAAGUGUUACGAUGGUUACGAUCGCAUGAGGAGGUUGUCACUUGGGAUCUAACUGAUGACAACUUUGAGUCUCGAACUGAUUCACAUUCACCAGAUGAGGGUACUCUCGACUGGUUUGUCAUGUUCUAUGACGCUGACGAGAGCGCAUGCAACUCAUUUAUUCCGCUGUGGGAGACAGUCGCACAUAAGUGAGU